CCCAUCUACCUUGGGCGCCAUUGUUGUGGGAUGUCAACAAACGCAUCGUGAGUCCCUAGCCAGAUAAAAAAUUAUGCUAUUGAAUUACUAGUUGUAUGUGAAAGAUGUCAAAGAAAGAUAAAAGGGCAACAUUUUUGACAGACUUAGGAAGAGCGACUAAAAGAGGAGUACGUAAAUGCCACAAGUGUGGUACUCUUAAUGGUACACGAGGAUUUUCCUGCAAAAACAAGUCUUGUGAUGUUAUAUUUAAUGCAGCUGGAGAGAAAAAGAAAUUUUCGACGGAAGCAUGCCGAAUAACAGCAGGCACUGAUGCUCAGAUAUACUCAGUUCGGGUGAGAGACAAAGGCCCUGAUUAUAGAGGUUUCGUACAGCUUCCUCUCAUUCAGUCAGUGGAUGGCUCCGGAGAUCUCUUAAUUGGAACAGAGCCCUUUACUGAUCCGAUUCUUCUUGCACAGAUGGCACAGAUGGGAGCCAGAUGUUACGUAGAGCCAUGUCAGAGGAAAAGUGAAAAGUUACUGGUUCACCAGUCUACGUUAUGUUCUCAUAUUAGAGCUGCAGCACAGUGCUUCAAAGAAGCUAUUUCCCUAACAUUAAAAAAUUCGGUGCUUAACUCUUUGUCUAUCCCUCAAUCCAUCACUGAAAUAUGGCAGCUUGCAACAGAAACCCCUGGACCACAUUGUGGCAGAGAGUGUCGAAAAAACAUAAUGGUAGUCAAGUGUAAACCAGAAGCUCUGCACCCAUUAGGAUUUCUGCAUUUUAGUUUUCAACAGUUUCGAAACAAAGAGGAUAUAGAGUACAAGUAUUUUUGUGGAUGCCGUGCUUCUUUCAAGAUUCAGCCAGCAGCUCGAGAUGUUACAUUUCAAUGUGUGUUUCAUUUAUACGCUUGUGUGGUGGCAUUUGCGAGUGAUCAGCACCUAGCAAAUGAAUUUUAUUUUUCAUAUUACGUAAAUUUAAUUCAAAGUGAUUCUCCACAACCCCAAAGUCUGUCAGCAAACAAUAGCAGUGGGGAUGACAAUGAAGCCAAUGUCAGCAUCACAGAGAGCAGUACUGAAUUAAGUAGCGUUGGGGAAAGGUCAUUUCUCAUACUCAAAGAUUCUGGAGAUUCUCAGUGCCAGGUGGAGGUGGAGGUUUUACAAGAAGACUCUCCAGGUCUUAUUGAGGGGAUUCCUUUAUCCCCUACAACCAAUGACUUGGUAACUCAGGAGGACAUAGAAGGGAAACUUGAAAUACAGCUUCGUACUCCUGAAGGUAUUCAUUUGCGCACUUCAGAUGGAGGUACAAUAUCUGUUCAUCAGAUACCAGACAAUAUACCUGUAGCAGGAAUAAAACGGCGGCAAGAUGAUUCAGUUGUACAAGCAAGUUCUGCUCUCCUCACUUUACAGAAAGGGGGUUCUAAGAAGACAUCACCACGAAGACCUUUAACAGGAGCUCUAGCCAAAAAGGUUAAAGAGCCUUUAAAUGAAAACACAGCCUCUUUUAGUUUUAUGACAUGGCUUGGAAGUGUCACAGAAAGAAUUAACCAAGCAAUGCACUUUGGGUUUAGUGGUAAACCUGAGCCACUUGUUUUUCACAUGCCCAAGUUAUUUUUUGAUUGUCUCAUGGAAAGAAUAAAUGCUAGAUCAAAAAAGAAAAGACUCCCCAACUUGACACAGCAGUUCCAAAGAAGAGAUGCUGUCCCACUUGGUAAGUUUACAAAGUACACUUGGAAAAUUGUUGAUGACAUGCACGUUCGUCAAAUCUUUGAUAUUCCAAAUAUGAGACUUGAAACAACGCGCAGUUUCAUUCAGAAUCGUGACGGAACUUAUAGAUUGUUUCAGAGACCUGAAGAGGACAAUAUAUUUGCAAAGGGAUCACCUAACCAACCCCUGAUACAGCCUAAAGAAUACAUAACAAGACUGAGAGUAGGAUCAUGUGGCUUAGGGCAUAAGGACCCUACACCUUUUAUUAUAGAAUGGAUCCCAGAUAUCUUGCCAAAAUCUUCCAUAGGGGAGCUGAGAAUAAAAUUUGAAUUUGAUCACUUUGUCAGUGGCCAGCUCAUUACAAUGAGAGAUGUAAGAGGAACUGUCAAAGGCCCUCUCAUAGCACCCAGACCACAACAGCAGCACCAACAGCAGACCACAGUGCAAGCAUCAGCUCAGAGAAUUUCAGCAACAGAACAUGUUAUAAGUAUACCAAUUACUUCAGAGGCUAUGCAGUCACCUGAAAACAUAGCCACCAUACUUACUUUCUAAAGGCUUAACCUUCUAGUCACACAUUUUUAAAUAUGUACAUAAUUAUAAAUCCAUAUCAUACACAAAUUAUAAGAUGUUCAUAGUGAUUCUGUAGAUUUGGCUGUCAGUCUUAUCUUAGAUUUCAUGUAAUUUGUAAAAAGUCUCAUGUUUUUUAGAUUCUAAUGUGUAUAUUUUUGGAAAAUAUAUUAAUUCUA